AAAAGUAUCUAAAAGUUUGUAUUUUUGUAUUGUAAUUAUUUUUUUCGUGUAUCCAUGGAACACCAUAACUUGCAUUGGCAAGAUCUUAACCGGCGCGAACGUAUGGACUAUUUACUGAAGACUGGACACAUGUCGGACUGCAGCUUUGUGGUGUUCGGUGAAAUGGGUGAAAGGAUCACAUUUAGAUGCCAUAAGUUUGUCUUAAUGACUGUAUCACCGGUGUUUGAGCGCAUGUUUCAGGGUGCCUUUCGAGAGGCGACUGCUUCCGAAAAUAUUGUCCUUGAUGAUGUUUUGGCUACCGAUUUCAUGGCGUUCAUCCAAUGCAUAUACCCUCAGGAAGACGAUCCGUUGGAUGGAUAUCCUUUGCAAAUAUUGCGAGCCUUAAUUUACCUAAGCAAGAGAUUUCUGGUUACUUACAUGGAGAAGAAUUGCUUAAAGAACUUAUUGAAACGGCUAUCUUAUGACUUGGAUCCCAAUGAAGUAGUUUCGCUAUACGAAUAUGCUCUGCAGAUUGAUGAAAUGGAAAUUUUAAAAUGUGUAAAAGAGAAAAUCAUGGCUGAUCCACACAAAUAUGUGAAUUCCCAGGCUACUUAUCAAUUGAGCUGGAACACAUUUUUCAAGUUCAUAAACGAAUUGUUCACAGUAGUCAAAGAGAAGACUCGUUUUGACAUCAUUGAACGUUACUGUAAGGAACUUGGAUUCGAUCAAUGCCCAGUAACCAGACCAAAAGUUUUAAAUGGCCUACAGUUGCCGGAAACGCAUAAAAUUGAUCCAAUAAACUUAAAUGCAUUUGAUUUUUCCAAGUACUAUCAGCUGACCCCAAUGCAACUGUUGGCAAUUCAAUGGAAGGCAUCGUCCGCAAUCGAAGUCGACAAUCAAUUAAUGCAGGUAUCGGAGAAGGAGCUCGAAAAAAUAUACCAAGACCUGGAAGAACUUCGCAGGGAUUGGAAAUCCAAACAGGAAUUCGCCGAGAAGCUUUUGAAUUCUGUAAAGUAUACAACAAUGUCGUCUUAUGAUUUUUGCGUCGGACCAGGAUCAUCUUAUUUAUUGAGCUGCGAAAAGAAAUUUGACUUCCUAUCACAGAUUUGUGUGGCCGAGCACAAGAUUCGAGCUUUGCGUUUGUCAUCCAACCCCUUCGCUUUUUGUGUGUUGUAAUUGGCAUUGUUACAACAAUUUUGUCAUUUUAAAAUAAAACUUAUUAUUUUUCCAUUCCAUUCCAAGAA